UACGUUCUCUCUGUCUCUCUCUCUCUCUCUCAACCUGCGCGUUCUCUCUCUCUCUCUCUCUCUCUCUCUUUCUCUAAAAACUCUCUCUCUUAGGGUUUUCAAUCUGCUCUCGCCUCUCAUAAUCUUUGGAGUUGCACAGAUCGAUCCUAUCUGCCUCGUUGUUUGGCUGGGUGGUCUAUCUCAAGGCUGAAAUGCGAAGGCUCAAAGUGUGUAUGUGGGAUUGAGAACAAAGCUUAUAGUUGUUGCCAAAGAGGGGAUGGUUGGUAUGCAUGUAAUGCUACUGAUAUGAUGAAAAGGAAUUGAAUAUUUUGCAAGUCCAAGAACAUCUCUGUGAUCAUUAAUAAUGCUAAGCAUUUUGUGGUUGUAGAGUUGCGGAGAAUUACUUGCUUUACUCUCAGUGGUCAACAGAGGGUGCUACCCUGUGAUAUCUGCUGAGAGGAUUUCUGAUCAGUCAUAGUAGGUGAUUAUUAUAUAUGGUUUUUUUCGGCUCGACAUUAGGCUUUGAAUAUUAUUGUGCCAGUGGUUCUGUCCAUCUUUGUUCAUUGAGAAGGAAGCAUAUUCACACCAGGGGAUUUUUCUGUAUCCAUGCUGGCAGAGAGCAUGCGUGGAAUCUAUGCUUUGGGUAAUGCCCCUGACGAGAUUUGUUGCUGAUGCACUCGGUGUGGUGACAAUUUGUCUUGUUGCUAUCUUGGUUCUUCUCGGCUUGUUCUGCAUUGUUUACUCCUCCUACUUCCGCUCUCACAUUCGUAGUCAAGGUUUUAUUCAGCUUAAUUAUUUCACUGGUCCUUGGAUCAUCCGAAUCGCAUUUAUCUUGUUUGCGAUCUGGUGGGGUUUCGGUGAGAUUGUUAGGUUAAGCUUGUUGAGGCAGGAGGGUAGAGUAUUGAAUGCUCUUAAUUUGAAAUGGCAGCGUACUGUUUGCAAAUGUUACAUUCUUUCAAACCUGGGGUUUGCAGAACCUUGCCUGUUCCUCACCCUUGUGUUUCUCCUUCGUGCAUCCUUACAGGAGACAGAAUCGGGGAUAUUGAGUCGGAAAUGGAAUGGAAAAACAGCAGGUUAUGUUCUUCUGUAUUGCCUCCCAGUGUUUGUUCUUCAGUUCAUUGUUAUUUUAGUUGGACCAACAUUUAACAAUGAUGAGAGAUUUGUGCACAAAUUGCCGUAUUAUUUCACAAAAACAGCUUUUACAUCGAUGAAGGACCAAGAUGUUGCCCUCUGCACCUACCCUUUACUGAGUACUAUCUUCCUUGGCAUUUUUGCCAUUGUCCUAACAACAUAUUUGUUCUGGAUUGGAAGGCGGAUUCUUCAUUUGGUCAUCAAUAAGGGUUUGCAAAGGAGAGUUUACACAUUGAUAUUCUCCGUUUCUAGUUUCUUUCCAUUAAGGGUUUUAUUUCUUGGUUUAUCGGUUCUAUCUAGGCCAGAACAUUAUCUGUUUGAAGCUUUUGCUUUUUUGGCUUUUCUUUCGCUGUUUUGUUGUGCCGGGGUGGGUAUUUGCAUUCUUGUCUAUUGCCCAGUUGCGGAUUCUCUUGCUUUGAGGAAUCUGCAAGACGUAGAGGCUAGGAGAAGGAUUAGUGAUGAACUACAAACUGACACCAUUUCACUAAUUGCUAACCAAAGCCCUCUAGAAGAAAUUGUGGAAAGCCCUGGUAGAAGCUCUGCUGCUUCGGCGAACCGUGGUUCCAUUUCUUUUCGGACUAUGGAGAAAGAUGAAACCACCUCUGGGGCAGUUGUGGAAUUUAGCCUCCUCUCACCUAGUCAGCAUUCCACCCCGCCAGGCUCACCCCGGCUUCUUCUUGGCUGGCAGAUGCUCCCUCCUACACAAGAAGUUCAUGGAACGUAAAAGCAAACAAGAGAAGUGAGACUUGUGGUAAAACUCAAUUUUGUGGUACACAAAAAACUGUUUGUAAAGUGUUUUUUAGAUUUUAAUAAGGAUUGCUCUUUUUUUGUUUUUGUUUUUGUUUUUUUUGUUUUUGAGAUAUAAUGGUUUGCCUGCUACCCCCCACCUUUAUUUUUUUUGGUGGAACUCUUUUGGUCUGUAUCUCUGCUGUUUUAUUACUAUAACCAUUUAAAAUUCCAUCCAUGCUGAAGAUUUAAGGCAUGCUUGCUCUCU